GGUUUUUUCCAGUCCCAUGCUGUGGAAGUAGAGCUAAAGGAUGCCUCUAAUGCCACGUGCCUGUAUGCAAAUUGGAUGAUGAAGUUCUUGAUAACAUAUGAAACAAACAGUAGUGAUUAUAAAACCAUAACCAUGGACUUGCCAUCCAAUGUGACACACAAUGGAAGCGUCUGUGGCAGUGACACACAGCCUGCACUCGUGGCACUGCAGUUUGGAGAAGGUCAUUCUUGGACCGUAAACACUACAAAAAACAAUGAGUCUUAUUGGGCAGACAUGAUCACAUUUACCUACAACACCAAUGACACAGCUGUGUUUCCUGAUGCUAAAAGAAAAGGACCAGUUACUAUUGUUGCAAAGGAUAAUACGCCUCCAGUUCAACUGAAUAAGGUCUACGUGUGUCAUAACCCUGACUUUAUUGAAGCAGAAAAUGUAACACAGAUUUUCUGGAAUGUUACUGUGCAGGCUUUUGUUCAGAAUGGCACAGUCAGUAAAAAAGAGUUUAGAUGUCGUGCUGAUACACCAACUGCUGCACCUACUGUUCCACCGACUAUUGCCAAUGCAACUACUGCACCUACCACCACUGUGUCGCCUCCUCCGACCACCCCUCCCAAACCUGUGGAGAACCCAGACAUAGGAAACUAUUCUCUUAAAAGUGGAAAUAAAACUUGUUUUCUGGCUACUGUGGGACUGCAGCUGAAUGUUUCCCAAGACAAGCCUCUUCUGAUCAACAUCAAUCCCAAGACCACUAUUGCAGAUGGAGCCUGUGGUAACACAACAGCUACUCUGAAACUGAAUGACAGAAAUAGCUCACUGAUUGCUUUCACAUUUAUUGUGAAAAAUACAAGUGCAAAUGUACAAAAAUUUUACCUGAAAGAGGUGAAUGUGACGCUGCUCAACCAUCUGAAUGGCUCUGUCAUCUCAAGUGCAGAUAACAGCAAUUUCAGCCAGUGGGAUACUUUCCUGGGGAGCUCUUACAUGUGCCGAAAAGAACAAACUCUUGAGAUUAGUGAAGAUAUUCAAGUACAUACUUUUAAUCUAUGGAUUCAGCCAUUCCUUGUGGUGGAAAAUAAGUUUGCUACAGCCCAGGAGUGUUCGCUGGAUGAUGACAGCAUUCUAAUCCCAAUUGUAGUUGGUGCUGCACUUGCUGUCUUGAUUGCCAUUAUAGUGGUUGCUUACAUAAUUGGCAGAAGAAAAAGCUAUGCUGGAUAUCAAACUUUGUGAAUCUAAAUGUGAUUCCUGUUCUGAUUUCACUUUAAACAAAGCAAGUGCAAGUUCUGAAGUCCAAAAAAGACCCAAAACUUAGGAGUAAUUACUAGCCACAGCUAAUUGGAGUUGAGAAACAAAGCAAGAAUGUUUAUGUCAGAUGAAGCAGAACUACGGUUUCAGUUUUCCUGCUCUAAGAAGACGACGUGGGUGUCAUAGCUGUUUUGAAGAUGUCAAAUACUGGAUGAAUUGUUAGG